GUCUCUUUCUAUAUGGGAAUCAGGCAGCGCUCACAUAAGUUGCCAAGGGCAAUGGCGUACUGCAGGUGCAGGAUGAUACUCGUCUUGUUCUUCUUCUGCGUCUGCAUUUUCGUAGCGACGACUGAUGCUGCCAAGGGUCCGAGAGCCGCCGGGAGGUGGACGGUUGGCUCGCCGGCGGCGUACUCGGCCGGCGGGCCGGCCGGUGCAGAUGUGUUCAGGGACAGCAAGAGGAGGAUCCCCAAGGGGCCUGACCCUAUUCACAACAGGCGUGCUGGGAAGGCGACGAUCGCGCCACGGCGAAGAGACUAGCCGGAGAAGAAGCUCCAGAGAGAGUUUGGAUGAGACUGAAG